AUGGAGAACUCUAGCCACCUUUUGGUGUUUCUAAUAGCAAUUGCAAGCUUGUGUAGUACCAUUACCAUAAGCUUCUGCAAUGGAACUGUGAAUGUGUUUUGCAAAGAGAGUGAGAGACAAGCUCUUUUGGGCUUCAAGCGUGACCUGAAGGAUCCUAUGAACCGACUUUCAAGCUGGAAGGGUUCAGGAGAUUGUUGCAGCUGGACUGGUAUUUCUUGUGAUAACUUAACCGGUCAUGUUCGUGAGCUUCAUUUUGGAAAUCCCUUCAAAACCAUUUUUGGUAUUCCUGAUCCCUUCGACAUUUAUCCUGAAGAAGCUGAUUGGAGAUAUGCAUUAAGUGGUAAGAUAAAUCCUUCCUUGCUCCAUUUGAAUUAUCUCAAUCACUUAAAUCUAAGCUACAAUGACUUUGAAGGGAUUCCAAUACCUAGCUUCAUUGGUUCUUUGAAAAAUCUAACAUAUCUUGAUCUCUCACAAGCUGGAUUUGGAGGGGUAAUACCAUAUCAAUUGGGAAAUCUCUCCAAUCUUCAUUAUCUCAAUCUCCUUUCCAAUUAUCCUACUAUGAAGGUUAAUAACCUUCAGUGGGUCUCUAGCCUCGUUUUGUUGCAAUUCCUGGACAUGAGUUGGGUUAAUCUUAGCAAAGCAUAUAAUUGGGUGGAUGUGCUCAACAUGCUACCCUCUCUCAUGGAGUUGCGCUUAUCUGGCUGUGAACUUGGUCAUAGCUCUCCUCAUCUGUCCAUGAUAAACUUUACUUCACUUGCCAUCUUUGAUGUAUCUGACAACGAAAACUUUGGCUUACCCAGGUGGCUAUUCAGUCUUACCAAUCUAGAUUCUCUCUAUUUAAGUUCGACCUUUUUGGGAGGACCAAUUCCUUACGGUCUUACCAGCAUGACUCGUCUCAGAAUCCUUGAUUUAUCAAGUAAUUUGUUGAAUUCUACAAUCCCAGAAUGGUUGUGUGGUUUUGAUCGUCUUGAGUCUUUUGAUCUUAGUGUCAAUGAGUUGAAGGGUACUAUUCCAAGUGCCAUUGGAAACUUCACAUCCAUCAUCAGUCUUAACUUGGAAGCGAAUCAAUUUGAAGGGAAAAUAGACCAUUUGUUGCGAGAUCUUUGUAGAUUAAGGGAACUUUGGCUUGGUUAUAAUAAAUUCAGUGGAACAAUGUUCGAGAGUUUUGAAAGAUUUCCAUGCGCUGCAAAUUCGUUGGAGCAGUUAUGGUUAAGUGAUAACCAACUCCAUGAUUAG